AUGGAGUGGAAUGGCGCCGGUAUACGAUUGUAUUCAGCUCUGUGAAAAAAAGGUGCAUAUCAUUUUGUCAAAAUGGGUUGAAAAAACGAUAGAAGUUUUAUUUUGUAGUUUGGCAUACUUUUCUGAUUUUAAGAUCUUAUUUUUGUGUUUCAAAAUGAGUGAAAUUUCUCCUAGGAACAAAAAUAUAACGAUUACAAUUUUCUUUCAAGUAACGGAACAUUGACAAGGAAGCUACAUAUAGCUGGAAACAGCACGCUCUUGCAUCUUAUACCCUAGCCUACUGACAACAGGAAACAUGUUUAGUUAAACCAGGUUUAACUAAAUAAAAAUUAGAAAAAGAGAACUAAACAACUGAGUUUUCCGUUGGAUUUAAGUAAUUGUUAAUUUGUAUCUUUAAUGUGCUAUAUGUAUAGUUGACUCAAAGUGCUCUAAGCAGAGGCUGCCUUUUAUUAAGAAAAGUAUAAUAAGCCAUGUUUAAAAUGCAUUAAGACAUUUGUAGGCUUUGGUGUGAAUGAAGUAUUGGGGAAAUUUCAUAGAAUUUCAGAACAUUUAAUUGGUUUAACCGAUUGAAAAAAAUGGAAUUAAAAUACUGUUACUCUAGGCUCCUGCCUACUCAUGGGAGUUUUUAGUGAACUACAAAUAAAUUUAUGACAUUUUGAUUUAAUGAACUUUUUCUGUGGGAACUAAUAUAUAUGAAUCAAAGGCAAUCAUACAAUUAUGAAAUCAUUUGUAAACUUUUUACAGUACAUUAUCUGAAUAACCAAGCUGCCCUCAUGAAGAUUACCUUUUUGACUGAGGAAUGGACUCAGUCAACCAAAGGCAGUUGUUCCACCUUCAUAAGACAGAUGGCUAUAGAACUCUCUACACUAGAAAAUGUAGAAAUUGGUAUUUUAAUUCCAAGUGCCAGUCCAGAGGAUAAAGAAGAUGCCCAAAAAUACAACAUCAAGGUUUUUGAACCUGAAAAAAUUCCAGGCUAUGAACCAGUUAAUUGUCUGCAGUUUCCUCCACAAGGAUUUAGCACUGACUUUAUCAUUGGUCAUAGUAUUGAGCCUGGAUGUCAUGGACAGGUCCUUAAGUAUAACCUUGGCUGUAAAUGGGUGCAUGUGGUCCUGAGAAAUGCAGAAGAAACAGCAAUGUUCCAGAAAAUCCCAGGUGCCAUUUCCAAAGGGCAGAAACAGCAUGAAACUGAGGUAGAAUUGUGUAAAAAGGCUGACAUGGUUAUAACAGUUGGCUCCAAGCUCAAUGAGACCUUUUAUUCUGCUCUGCAUCAUUGUAAGGAAGAUCAUAUAUUCAAUCUUAUACCUGGCAUUUUUUAUGAGUUUUUUGGAGAGCAGAAGCAAUUCCGAAAUUCAAAGAACUUUGAAAUCUUAGUGUUUGGCAAAGGGAACGCUGAAGACUUUGAACUAAAAGGUCUUCAUGUUGCUGCCAAAGCUGUGGCACAUCUCAAUAAGUAUGAGCCAUCAUACAUUCUCAAAGUUGUAGGUGCCCCUGAGGGAGAACAAGAGAAACUGGCUGGGAGGUUGGAAGAUCUUGGGAUCUCUCGUAGUCAACUGAUUGUGAGAAGUUUUUACAAAGAAAGAAGAAAACUGGCUCAGCUAUUUUUGGAAGUUGGUCUUGUUUUGAUGCCUUCAGGUACUGAGGCAUUUGGUCUCACAGCUUUAGAGGCAUUGUCAGCGGGUGUACCAAUCCUUAUUACCCAUAAUUCUGGCUUGGCAGAGGCUCUAGAGGAAGUACCUUUCGGGUGCAGAUGCAUAGUAGAUCAAGCAGAUGAUUGGGCUGACCAAAUCAAGCAAGCACGCAAACAUCUGAAAACUGGAUUAGUAGAGGCAAGCACACUACGUGACAACUAUAAAGACAAAUACUGUUGGAUGGACCAAUGUGCUGCUUUGGUGAUGAAGCUUAGGGCCUUGCAUUCAGGUAAAAAUGUUAACUUUAUAUGCAUUUACCUGCAGUAUAAUAAUUAAAUAAGUACCUGGCAGCUAGUUGGCACAAAUCUGUUUAUCAUUUUGAAAUUGGCACAAUGAUUAGAAUUAAUAUAAGGGUGAAAUAAAAAAGGUAGACAUAAAUUAAGGGCUAUUUUGAUGGUUUCUGUGCAAUUGAGAUCAUUGCUGAUAUCAGUACAAUAUGUAUGUUUCAUAGUGCAAAGAUGUUUUGAUUUUUAUGUGUUCAAAGCCACCAAACCUUAAAAUGGACAUAGAAAUUACACCAGAUCACAAUCUUGCUACAAAAAUAUGCAACAAGUACUAAUCAGUUACUUACAAGGCCUAACACUGUAGCAGGUUUCACCUCCUUAGUUCCAUUGUAAUGAUAUGAGUUGAAGUACAGCUGCACCAACAUGUGUUACUCAAGACAUGUGGGGCUUAGAUGAAUGACAGUCACAUUGAUAUUUUGAUUAGUUGUCUUUGUGUAAUUUGUGCUAUUUGUUUAUCGACAUCUAACAGGACAUGCUGAGGAAAUGCAAGAGGAGUCCCAAGGCAAAAGGCAUUCAGCUCGAAAGCGAGUGGCUGGUAAU